UUGCCUUAGUGGCGGCCUUCUUUGCUCCUAAUGGCUCGUACAAAGCAGACCGCUCGUAAAUCCACCGGAGGAAAGGCUCCACGAAAACAGCUGGCCACAAAGGCUGCACGUAAGAGUGCACCAGCCACCGGAGGAGUGAAGAAACCUCACAGGUACAGGCCUGGAACAGUCGCUCUCCGAGAAAUCCGUAGGUACCAGAAGAGCACCGAGCUCCUCAUCAGGAAACUGCCAUUCCAGCGUCUUGUCCGUGAAAUCGCCCAAGAUUUCAAGACCGACUUGAGGUUCCAGAGCUCUGCUGUUAUGGCUCUGCAGGAAGCCAGCGAAGCUUACUUGGUUGGACUUUUCGAGGACACCAACUUGUGCGCCAUCCACGCCAAACGUGUCACCAUUAUGCCCAAGGAUAUCCAGCUUGCCCGCCGUAUCCGAGGAGAACGUGCUUAA